AUUGUUUGUGUUUUAUUUUUGCAAUAAAUUCUUGAUUAUACUUUUUGAUAAAAUAAUUCCGAUCUUCUUGUUGAGUUUAAUUUUUGUUAAUGGAAUACAUAUUAUUAUUUUGUUAGCUGAGAAAUUUGAAUGUAUAUUGCAUGUUCAUUACGCUUACGCGGUGAAGAGAAAUACCUAAAGUCGGAGCAGUGUUUUGCUAUGUCAUCUGCUGCGUAGCAACCAACUUACCAUGACGGAUUGUACAAUGGACCUCGAAUCGAUGAGCAAAAUUUAUUUCGGUACUUUGAAUGUACUAGCUGAAAAAAUAGCUGCCGAUAUUGAGAAUACCCGCGAAGCGUAUCAAGAUUUAUGGCAUACGUUAAGUAAAAAGGAACAAAACCAAGCCAUCGACGAAAGCAUAAUAAAUCCGUCGGCCGUUUUGAAGUAUGCCAAUUUAUCUAUUCAGCCGAUGAAACAGAAUUACAACGCGUAUUCGUGGUUCUCAAAAAGUCAGCUAGAUUUGAACCUAUACGACCAAUUGGACGCGAUGGGCUAUCUCAGUUCAGGAGCUCGCAUUGUAUGCAGAAGUGACGCGGAUCAAAGUUGCAAAGCAGCACCGACAGAGAAAGAACAACCCAAAAGUAAUCUGUUCGACCGCAGUUCAAGCAAGAAUAAAAAUGUUGUUAGCUGUAAAAAUUCUGACGAAAAACCUCUUUCAAAAUCUCAGAAAGGUUCUGUUCUAAAACCUAAAAACCCACCUCCGCCACCUCCCAAAGUGAUCGCUGCCUCGACUGAAGAGGAUGCUACUUCAGAAGAACACGAAACCAGAUCCAACGACAUCCCAAAAACUGGAUUUGAUUUCUUGGAUAAUUGGUGAAUGAUCCGUGAUUCAAAUUUCGCUUAUGAAAAUCGACAUUGAAUUAUUAUGUUUAAUUGUACAUAUACUUAUUUAGCAUAUUUUGUACCUCUACUCUACCUGUCAUCGCUGAAAGCAGUUACGCUGACUCGCUGAGGUUGAAAUGAACGCGUUUUGAAUGCUACAUUUCUAGUCUUUCAAUUUUGUUCGUAUUUUUACCUUUUUUUUGCUCGCGUCAGUGUUGUCAUUCAAACUACUAUGGGAUCGAAGCGCUAAAUUAUAUUAACCAUAAUUCUGAACUUGCCGGUUGAUAGAAAGAAAUAUAUGUACGUACGUAUAUUUACUCGAAUGGUUGUUCAAAAUAAUUUCUUACAACGUGUCUCGCUUGGCAUUCGGUGAAAUUCAUUAAUUUCGUAAUGAUAUUUUGGUACCUCCUUUUUAAAAAUGAAGCGUAGUAUAGCUUAAGGAGGGUCGACUUGGUACGACCUGUGUAAUUAGUCAGAGUGUUCUUAUUCAAGUAUAAACUUUAGAGCGAGACUUGAAAUCACAAUUUUAAUUUAUUUUAUUCGCGAAGCUGUAAAAUAAAUCAAAAAACUGAAAUACUGUUUAUUAAAAAGGAAUAUAAAUUAUAGGUAUAUAUAUAGUAUUUAUGUAUAUUAUUUAUCCUAAUUUUGUAAGUACAUAACUUAUCGUAAAUAAUUGCUUAAAUUUUAAAAUUGAAAAACAAAAAAUUGAUGAAAAUAAGAGUGAAAUGUCAAAGUAUUUGCAUAAUGAAUUGAAGACACGAGUGACUAUCCAGACAGUAAAAUUUUUAAAGAAAAAAAAACAACUGCGGCUGGUUUUUAUAUUUCUUAUGUUAUUGUUGCACAAAUUUUGACCAAAGUGUAAUUUUUAAAAUUAAUAAAAAUGAAUAAAUUAAA